CGAGUUGAUGGAAUCACUAGCUCGGCACAUCUGUUGGUAUAUAAGGCCCAUCUCAGUUGCAUCCCAUAAAAUAGUUGCAUUUUGUAGUUGCCCAAGAAUUCGAAAAGGAUUUCAUAAACAUGCUUCUGAAAUGCACUUGGCUCUUGAUUUUGGUCCUGUCAUUGAUGGCAGGAGCCUUUGCCAGCAGCGGAUGUCCUGCAGGAUACAAUGCCGAGAACAAUCGGUGCACCAUCGAGCGUCCUGUUCACGGCUCUUGUCCCCCCGGAUCCUCCUACAGCCUGAACAUUAACAAGUGUGUCCACUCCUAAAGAUCUCGUCGAAUGAAAUACCCAAUUUCAAGUUUUACUCUUAUAUCAAUGUGGAAACAACAAUGUGACCUUUAAAUCUUAGUUAGGAGAAAACAAAAGUGUAGAGUUUUUAAAAAACAUUGUAAUGUAUUAAAAAGAUCACGGAUAUACCUUUUGCCUGUUAA